AUGUGGGCUGUGCCAGUCGCGGCCCUGUCGCAGCCUGAGGUCGUUGCCGCGGCGGUUGCGCCGGCCCAGGCUCUGCCGGAGCGGCAUUCCCCGAUGGAGGCGGAGCGGCGCAGCCGGUUCCUGCCGGACGACGGGUGCCACCUGCGGAAGUGGCUCCAGGACCGGAAGUGGCGCAGUGGCUGUUGGAGGAAGUGA